GUCUUCCAGGAUGAUAUUCACGCCGUCGUGAUUGAUAAACCCGUUUGUAAUGUUAUUAUUUGUAAUAUUGUUUAUAAUAACCAGUGAGUUCCGCACUCGACGUAGGAGCUGUGUGUGAUGAGCUUCUACAUCACGUACAGAGUAUAGGAGCCCUUGAUUAUCUUCGAUUAUUAGACACCUAAAUGAUGGCACCGCAUCAAGAUAUCGCCGACAAUACAACCCUCAUAGGCAGUUCAAUUAGCCGCUCGAUAGCCACGCCGUCGGUAAAAGAAGACAUCGCUACAAAGACCACAAGCGAGAUUCAGAAGCCAACAUCCGACGUCCUUCAUGUCGUCGACUCGCGGACAGGGAGCUAUUAUAACAUUCCUAUAACGAACAACGCCAUAACAGCCAGCGACCUGAAGCACAUUACUGCUCCUGCGGGGAUCUACGAAGCCGAUCAAAAUGAAAAAGGGCUUCGAGUGUACGAUCCCGGCUUCUCGAAUACGGCGGUGAUGAGAAGCGAGAUCACCUACAUUGACGGUCUGAAAGGAAUAAUUCAAUACCGUGGGUACUCGAUUGACCAGAUUGUGGGCAGGAAAGGGUUUUAUGACACCCUGCACCUGUUGAUCUGGGGGCGAUGGCCCUCGUCGGAGGAGCGAGCAAAGCUGCAAGUCAAUAUCAACAGCGUACCUUUGCCAGGCAAAGCUGUCUUUGACGUUAUCCGAUCAUUUCCCCGAGAGGGUUCAAUCAUGGGCAUGAUUAUUGCUGGUCUAUCUGCCCUACAAUCAACACAGAUGAAUCGGGUACCCGCUCAUGAAGCUAAAACAAUCUUUCUUGGUGAACCUAGUGUUAUAGAUGAUGAAAUCAUAAAUUUCGUCUCUCGAUUCCUCGUCAUCACGGCCGUGGCAUACACUCAUCAUUCUAACCGGAGGUUUAACAAUCCAAGGCCAGAUCUCUCAUAUAUCGAAAACUGGUUUUACAUGACCAAUCAUGUCGACCCGCACACUGGCCUUCCCAAUCCACGAUACGUGGAUGCCUUUGAGCGUCUUUGGGUCGUCAUCGCAGACCAUGAAAUGACGUGCUCAACUGCUGCGCUUUUACACACAGCCUCGGCACUCCCAGAUUUGAUUUCGAGUAUCAUCUCCGCCCUGUCUGCAAUGUAUGGCCCGCUCCAUGGCGGUGCGAUAGAGGUUGCGUACAAACAAAUCGAGGAGAUUGGCUCAAUCGAAAGGAUUCCAUUGAAGUUGAGUCGGGUAAAAGAGCACAAAGAACGUCUUUAUGGCUACGGCCACCGUGUCUAUCGUGUCUCUGAUCCCCGAUAUGUCUUUAUCAAGCACGUUCUGGACGAUCUACAGGACGAGAUCGCUCAGGAUCCACUCUUGAAGGUUGCAUUCGAACUCGACAGGAUUGCACAGGAAGAUGAGUAUUUUAUUUCCCGCAAACUGAAACCCAAUGCAGAUUUGUUUGCUGCAUUCGCAUAUAAAGCAAUGGGCUUUCCUCCUGAGGUUAUUCUACCAAUUUCGAUGCUAUCUCGUGCUCAGGGAUUUUUAGCACAUUGGAAAGAAGCCAUGAGCGGCAAUGUACAUAUCUGGCGUCCGAGCCAAAUCUACCAGGGAAAGCUCAACCUCACACUCGUUGAUGAUGGACUUCCCUCAUAAUUAUGAUUGAUAGAAACUCGUAUUUUUUUUCGCUCUUCUUUUUUUACUUUUAGGUUAUUAUAUCUGCAUUGACCUAGUCGCUUGAGAAAUAUGUUAGACAGAGGUACCUGGACGAUAGAAUGAGUCAGGCCCAGGUCGAGCUCCAGACCGCUUAGCGAUUCCCCCAGUCGGUGUGUAGUUAUACCUUAUAUAAGAGGACAAACGAACGACCUUCCGUAUCCUACGGGGUGCAUUGAUACGUCUGAAGUAGGUAGUG